AUGGAUUCUGCAAAUCAGUACCAGCUUCUGGAGGCAAGCCAGCCCCCGCCACUCCUAAUUCCAGGCAACGUUUCCGGCCAAAAUGCAAGCCCAAACCCCAGUCCGUGGGUAAUUCUUUCAGUCUCUUGGCCGAUUGCCAGCUCAAUGCGUCUGGUCGUAGAAAGUUUGUUGACGUUUUGCUCAACGGCCAUGCAGUUCGUCUACAGUUGGACACUGCCUCAGAUAUCACCAUCAUCUCUGAGAGACUCUGGCAGUCUCUUGGCAGUCCCACGAUGCAGCAGACUUCCCAGUCCGCCACAAGCGCGUGCGGUGGUCUCGUACAGCUAAUUGGGCAGCUGCAAUGCUGUGUGUCGUUCCGCGGUACCAGCAUCACUGCGAUCUGCUACAUCACAAAGUCUGAUCUAAACCUACUUGGCCUCGACUGGAUUGAACAACUUGGAUUGGCCGAUAUGCCGCUCCGCGUUGUUUGCAGUCAGGUGCAGAUUCCCGCUGUGCUUACAGACCAAGCCAAGGACAUUUUCCAACGGUUUGCUCCAGUGUUCCAAGACGGCCUGGGUCGUUGCACAUACACUCAAGCCGUGCUGCAUCUGUCUCCUGGAAGUCAACCAGUCUUCCGUCCAAAGCGACCAGUCCCAUAUGCAGCCCUACCACUUGUCGAGGCUGAACUGAAACGUCUAGAGGAACUGGGAGUUCUGGUUCCUGUAUCCUACUCCGCCUGGGCCGCUCCAAUCGUUGUGGUUAAGAAGCCCAAUGGCUCGAUUCGCAUUUGUGCUGACUUCUCCACCGGUCUCAAUGCCGCGCUGACGCCGAACUGCUAUCCACUGCCCGUUCCGGCUGAUCUUUUCACCCUGCUAAAUGGUGGCACUUGCUUUGCCAAGUUGGAUCUUGCUUAUGCGUAUCUGCAGAUCGAGGUCGCCCCAGAGUCGCGCGAAUUGUUGACCAUCAACACCCACCGCGGUCUGUUCCAAUACACCAUGCUGCCGUUUGGUAUCAAGACCGCCCCGGCCCUACUCCAACAAACGAUGAACGCAAUGCUCUCCGGCAUCCCUGGCACGGCUGGGUACCUGGACGACAUCAUCAUCGUGGGUCGCUCCCCUGCUGAGCUGCAAGACCGAGUGUGCGCAGUACUCGAACGCGUGCAGGAAUAUGGCUUUCGCCUACGGGCCGACAAGUGCCAAUUCUUCCUCGACUCAAUCAAGUACCUUGGAUUCUUUUUUGACGUCACUGGUCGCCAUCCAGAUCCUGAAAACAUUCGGGCCAUCCAACGGAUGCCUGCCCCCAAGAAUGUAUCGCAACUUCGUUCGUUUCUUGGCCUGAUCAGCUACUAUAGUGCUUUCCUACCAUCACUGCAUGACGUACGGGCCCCGCUCAACCGUCUGUUGCAGAAGGAUGCUCCCUGGUGCUGGUCCCCCGACUGUGAAAAGGCCUUCGCCCAGCUAAAGUCGAUGCUGAGUUCAGAUCUGCUGCUCACGCACUACGACCCGACGCUGCCGAUCGUUGUUGCUGCAGAUGCUUCCAACCACGGAGUUGGUGCCGUCAUCUCACAUACUUUUCCUGAUGGGUCUGAAAAGGCGAUCAUGCAUGCAUCUCGCACGCUAACCCCUGCGGAGAAGAACUAUGGGCAAAUAGAGAAAGAGGCUCUAGCCCUCGUGUUUGCCGUCAAGAAAUUUCACAAACUGGUGUACGGUCGCCACUUCACGUUGAGGGAUCACAAACCAUUGCUGUCAAUCUUCGGUUCGAAGAAGGGCAUUCCCGUCUACUCAGCCAGCCGACUUCAGCGAUGGGCAACCAUCCUUCUUGGCUACGAUUUCGACAUUCGCUACUGUCGUACUACAGACUUUGGUCAGGCUGACGCCCUUUCUCGCCUCAUCAGCAAUCAGCAGGAACCGGAGGAAGAUACCGUGAUUGCAGCUAUUUCGAUUGAGGACGAUGUGCGCCGUCAGCUAUCAGACGCCAUACGAGGUAUCCCUGUCACUGCCGCGGACAUCCGACAUGCUACUGAACAGGAUCUUGUCCUCCGUCAGGCCAUCACCUACGUGCAGACCUGCUGGCCGACCACUGCUCUCGCUGGCGAUCUUCGCCAGCUCUUCCUCCGCCGAGCAUCGCUAUCUGUGGUUGACUCCUGCCUCAUGUUUGCGGACCGUGUGGUAAUCCCAUCUUCCCUCCGACCCACUGUACUACGCCAGUUCCAUGCGGCUCAUCCUGGUACCAGCCGGAUGAAGUCUAUUGCUCGCAGUUUUGCCUACUGACCGGGUAUCGACGGCGACAUCGACGACCUGGUUCGACGCUGUUCUCGAUGUCAGUAAGCUGCCAAGAUGCCGCCUCGUCAACCUCCAAUACCCUGGCAACCACCGGAGGCCUUGGUCACGCGUGCAUAUCGACUUCGCUGGCUCACUUAACGGAGUCUCCUACCUAAUCUUGGUUGACGCCUACUCGAAGUGGCCCGAGAUUGCUCCGCUGAAUCCAGCGACCACAUCUGCCACUAUCGCCUUCCUACGACGCAUCUUUAGCCAACAUGGCUUACCGGAAGUCCUGGUUUCAGACAACGGCUCUCAGUUUACUUCGUCGACAUUUGAGGAUUUCUGCCGCCAGCACAACAUCCAGAAUCUUCGCUCCCCGCCCUACCAUCCUCAGUCUAACGGUCAGGCGGAGCGUUUUGUCGACACGUUUAAGGGAGCCCUCUUGAAAGCUCGUGGGGAGGGGACCACGGACGAGAUAGUCCAGGCAUUCCUGUUUUCCUACAGGACAACACCGAACCCGGCGUCCCCUGGUGGCGUUUCUCCUGCCGAAGCGUUGAUGGGCCGAAAACUGCGUACAACGUUUCAUGCCCUCGUCCCUACCGGUGCGCAGCCCGCGCAGACUUCUCCAGUUUCUCGCAGCAAGCUCUCCAUCGGAACACCUGUCUUCGUUCGUGAUUAUCGAGCGGGGUUCCCAGACUGGAUUGAAGCAACCGUAGUAUCGCACAGAGGCAGUAUGUUGUUUGACGUCGACGUUGGUGAUGACAUCUGGGUUCGCCACCACAACCAGAUCCGACGGCGACAUUGCAGUAGCACGACUGGGCUCAAUUCGGCGCCGUCACUCUCUCUUGACAUCCUACUGGAUACCUUCGCCAUUCCGGCAGAUCGGUCGGUCCGCGAGCCCACUGCUGCGCCUCCUUCGGAUGUACCGUCUUCGGUAUCAGUCACUGCUCCCGGGUCUCCAGACAACAAACCACAACUAAGACGCCGGACCAACCGCGUGCGCCGAUCAGCACUGCCGAUACAGAUCAAUCCACGCCAAAAGCGGUACUGA